GAUUAAGCGAUAAAAAAAAAAGUGUAUAGUUGAAUAUUCUAAAACUCUCGCGAGCUUAGAGCAUCUCCGCGGAAUCAGAGUUAUGGGCGGCGCCAUGGCCUCUCGUCUCAUCUCCGCCGGUUACACUCUCACUUUCUACGCUCGCAAACUCAAGCGACGUCGUUUUCACAAUGCUCGCCCAUUCCUCCCACGAAAACAGCAACGUUUCAUCCUGAAACCCUAAUACUAAAGGCUAUAAAUAUAGGAUGUGUGAGAUGUUCUAAACCCUAAAUUUUUAUACUCCUCCAUUAUCAUCCCCUGAAUUUCUAGUCUCAACUCAACUGUCAGUUAUGUCUCAACCCAACAAGAAGGCCAAUUAUGGCGAUCCAAUUAGCGACUUACCUGGUAACGUGAUUGAUUGCAUCCUACAACACUUGUUCGUCAAGGACCUAAUUAGGACCAGUAUUUUGUCUACAAAGUGGAGGUAUAUGUGGACUUCCGUCCCACGACUUAAGUUUAAUGAUGAAUUUUACUGUAUGUUUGACAAUCUUAAUGACCCUGCCUCUGAGUUUUCUAGAAUUAUCACUGAAAUUCUUUUCCUCCACAAUGGCCCAAUACUUGAGUUUAUUCUUCAAGUCCCCUGGGCUUCCGACUCCAAGGAUAAAAUCACAUAUGAAUAUCUUAAUAAGUGGAUUCUGUUUUUGUCAAGGAAAGGUCUUAAACAUAUUAAGCUUACGAGCGAUGAGAGGGAUCUUGUUCAAGUUCCAUCUCAUCUCUUCUCUUGUCGGGGAUUAACUUACUUACAAUUGGACACAUGUAACUUGUCAAUUCCCUCUAGUUUCUAUGGCUUUAAGACUUUGCUUCACCUUUGCUUAGAAUUUAUGACAUUUGAGUUGGGUGCACUUGAGACUCUUCUUUCUGGGUGUCCAUUACUUGAAAAGCUCGACAUUGAGUACUGUUCUGGUUGUGAAUGUAUUGAUCUUUCUUCUUCUUCUGCUCUAAUUGAUCUCACACUCUCACUUCCACAAAAAUGUGCAUUUGGUUUGAAUAAAAUUCAGAGGCUAACUUUGGUAUUACUUAGAAAGACGCUGCUGUGUACCGAUGUCUUUCCUUUGUCUCAGCUGAUAACGAGCUUAAAGUAUCUUCGUUUAGAUGAAGUGAAUUUGGAUGAAAGAGAAGAACUUUUAUACAUUGUUAGCGUACUAAAAAAUGCUUCUAACCUUGUCGAACUUCAUAUAGUGACUUAUGAAGCCAAUGAUUAUAAGGUACAAGUGCCGGCCCCUUCAGAAAAGUUAGAGUUCAGUGGUUGUUGCCUUAGUGAACUUCAAAAGGUGAACAUCAGAGUUGGAACCAGCACUAAACAUGCAAUGAGUUUGGCACGGUUCAUUCUUGCAACUUCCCUAGCGUUAAAAACUCUUACUUUUGAUUUUAGAUUUUGUAUGAAACCAGAUGCGUCUAUACUAUUAAGCAUUUCACAAGACUUGUUAUGGAUGGAACGAGCCUCGCAAAGGGCACACGUUGAAUUCAUUCAUCAAUAGAUAGAUAUUCAAUUGUGAAAUGCAUUUGAUUUUAGCUUUCAAUACAUGUCUUUGCUUUAUUGUGUAACUUCAACAUUGAUUUUAUUUUUCAGAAUAUGAUUUAUUAUA